ACACCGCCGAAUCAAUUCACUUCAUUAUUGUAAAAGGGAGUCGACCAAAUAUUAUAUCUCUUUCUGUCUCUCUCUCUCUCUCUCUUUUUCGACAGAUCACUUUAUUCAUCUCAGAGGGAAAUUCACGUAUUACUGCAGCACAGAGAGAAGUAUACUUAAACUUCAUAAACUCAGCAGUAAUUCCUGACAAAUGUGCUGACCAAACGAUGGCUGCCAGUACUGAACAGAUAGACACAUCGCUCCCUCCUGGAUGGACGAGAGAGACAAGACAACGAAAGCAGGGCAAGACAGCAGGCAAAAUGGACACUUACAUUGUCAGUCCUCAGGGUAAACGCUUCAGAUCCAAAGCAGAACUCCAGAAGUACCUGCUUGCUGAGGAAAGUGUCCAUCUGGAUCUGGACGCUUUUGACUUCACGACAAAAAUCAAAGCACAGUCUCAAAAAUCCAACUCUGAAAAGCCACAACAAAAAAAACGAAAAACAGGAAGGAGAAAAGCACAACAGACAAAUCAAACUGCAGAAAAUCAACCUGGGGCAGCUGUGGGAGAAAUGCAACACGUAGAGAUCGAGACACAGGUGGAGGAGAUGAACAGUACGGAAGCCCAGGUGCAGAAAAUAAAGAGUGACGAAGAAGAACAAAAAGACGUCAAUUGCAAAAUAGUGGACGCAUCCAGCAGUGUUGGAGAAAACAGACUGGCCGCUGUGCCUGCCAUAAUUGUGCAUGCAGCAUCGGAGAGCGAAGGAGAGGAUAAAGCAGAGGAGGAGAAAGAAGAAAGCGAUGAAGUGAGUGACAGCCAAAAAAGUAACUCGGGGAAUGGCUCAACUGUCAGAAACACACAAAAUGGGACAAACUUACGUUCACAGAAGCGGAGAACCAGUCCAUACUUUAAAAGGAAGAAUGAUGGUCUCAGUCCUCCAAAGCGUAAAGCGUUCAGGAAGUGGACUCCACCACGUUCCCCCUUCAAUCUGGUACAAGAAACCUUGUUUCAUGACCCAUGGAAGCUUCUAGUGGCCACCAUCUUCCUCAACAGAACUAGCGGGAAAUUGGCAAUACCUGUGUUGUGGCAGUUUUUUGAGCGUUACCCAUCUGCUGAAGUAACGCGUGCCAGUGACUGGAAGCCAGUUGCUGAUCUCAUGCAGCCGCUCGGUCUCAACUCUCUACGAGCCAAAACACUCAUCCGCUUCUCCGAUGAGUUCCUCACCAAAUCAUGGCGGUAUCCAUGUGAGCUCUAUGGCAUCGGCAAAUAUGGCAACGAUUCAUAUCGCAUAUUCUGUGUGGGAGAAUGGAGAGAGGUCACCCCAGAAGACCACAAGCUGAACAAGUAUCACGCGUGGCUGUGGGAAAACCACAAGCAGUUAGGCAUCUGAUGUUUUGUGUUGGCUGGAGCCUCACAGGACUGUCUUCCUAACUUUCUUUUAACUUGCCAUAAUUUUAAAUCAGGCCAAGGGAGUAAAGCAAAGGCUAUUUUUUUAGUAACUUCAGUGCCGUCUACUGCUGAGAAUUAAAAAAAAAAAAAAAAAAAAGCCCCUCCUGAAAUCCUACUUUCAAAGUCAGUAAUUAAUCUCCCACACCUGUCCCAUUACAAGCUUGCCCUACUUGAUUUAAUGUAUGAUUAUAAGGUUCCGUGCUCUGCCGUUCAAACUUUUAACCCCGUGAUAUUUCUCUUGGCCUUUUCAAUAUGCACAAGAACACACAGCAGAUCUUCUUUUUCCAUGUGAUAUUUUUAAUUUUGGCCCAUUUUACACACUUCAGAAGAAUAAUGAACAGGUUGAAACUAUGACCUAGUUAGGUAGUUGACCUGACCUCAUUGGUCUCACAAACAGGAGCUCAAGGCAUGCUGGGAAAAUUUGUGAACCUUUGCUGUAAUAAAGACCUUAUAGGAAGAAAAUAUAUAUAUAUAUAUAUAUAUAUAUAUAGAGAGAGAGAGAGAGAGAGAGAGAGAGAGAGAGAGAGAGAGAGUGUAAAUAUGUAUUGAUAUGUAUAUUGAAGUUUUUUGGGUUUUUUUUACUUUUUAUAAUAUUUACUUUUGUUUCUCGUUAAGGUCAAAGACUUGGUGUUUUCGAUCCCAUUGGGUUGAACGGUCAUAAUUAGCUUGUUACACUAUGCAUUUUAAAAACAUUCAUGUAAUAAUGGGGCCAGAGUCUUUUUCCUGUGUGGUUUUAUCCCUGUGCUUUACCAUAUAGACAUGCUACUGCAAUAAAGAUAUUCAGAUCUCUUUUUCAGCACAAAAAUGGAAGCGACUGAGUGACUUGAAAAAGCUUUAAUGAAGUGAUCCACGAUUUUGGCAUAGAAUAAAUCAAAUCAUUAAAAUGAAUGAUUAUUUCUGUGGUAUUAUCACAGCAAAAAGCCUAAAAUCAGAAACAUGGAGGUAGACUGUGGAGCUAAGUUCAUAGG